AUGGCGCCGGCACGAUCAAUCCUGAGACCCGUCAACGGUCUCGCGAGGCUUACAGCGCAAAAUGCGUAUGCCCCAGCUCUUUGCAUCUCACAGCGCCCACUUUCAACGACUUCCAAAUCUCAGGCCGAGGCGACUAGCGAACUGCCCCCCCGUCGCAAGCCGUUGACGCAGGAGCAGCGAGACUUCCUAUCCUCAGCCCUACGUGUGAAUCAAGCUGGAGAGCUCGCCGCGACACUUAUCUAUACGGCCCAGACCCCGCCAAUCGUCAACCGGCACCCACACCUCCGACCACUGAUGGCACACAUGUAUGAGCAAGAGGAGGGCCACUUGAAAACGUUUAACUCCUUGAUUCAUAAACACCGUGUGCGCCCAACGGCGCUUUACCCGCUGUGGCAGGUUAUGGCAACGGGCUUGGGCUGGAGUACGGCCGUAAUGGGUCGUGAGGCGGCUAUGGCAUGCACAGAGGCUGUGGAGACGGAAAUUGGUGAUCAUUACAACAACCAAAUUCGCACAUUACUUGAAAUGGUCACGGAGUGGGAGACGGAAGGUUAUGAAGUUGGCCCUGAGUUUUCUGACCUGAUCAAGACGUUGAGGAGGAUCAGAGACGAGGAGUUGGAGCAUUUGGAUCAUGCUGUCGAGCAUGAUGCGAAGAAAGCAGAGCCGCACUGGCUGCUCACUGGCGUCAUUCGGGCGGGUUGCAGAGGUGCCAUUUGGGUUAGCGAAAGAGUAUAA